AUGAGGAAGUUUAGGUUGUGGAAACUCCACUGCCCGGCCAUUAGCCUUCCCUCGCUGCCCACCCUGUCUUUUGGUAUAGCAGAGAGCCCCAGCUCUUCUGAAGAGAACAUGUGCAAAAGCUUGACUACGGGAGAGUGGAAGAAAGUCUUCUAUGAAAAGAUGGAGGAGGCGAAACCGGCAGACAGCUGGGACCUGAUCAUCGAUCCCAACCUCCAGCAUAACGUAUUGGCCCCCGGGUGGAAGCAGUACCUGGAACAACACGCCUCCGGCAGGUUCCACUGCUCCUGGUGCUGGCAUACCUGGCAGUCCUCCCAAGUGGUGAUCCUCUUCCACAUGUUCCUGGAUCGGACCCAGCGGAUGGGCUCCGUGCGCAUGAGAGUCUUCAAGCAGUUCUGCUACGAGUGUGGCACCGCCCGGCUGGACGAGUCGAGCAUGCUGGAGGAGAACAUCGAGGGGCUGGUGGACAACCUCAUCUGCAGCCUCCGGGAGCAGUGCUACGGGGAGAACGGGGGACAGUACCGCAUCCACGUGGCCAGCCGCCAAGACAACCGGCACCACCGGGGAGACUCCUGCGAGGCCUGCCGCAUGGGCAUCACCCACUGGAAGCCCACAGAGAAGAUGCUAGACGAAGAGGCCACCACCUACACCUUCUCCCGGGCUGCGAGUCCUUCCAAGACAGAUGACUCGGGGUUCAGCUGCGACUUCUGCUCCAUCCCUUGGUGUAUGUUCUGGGCCACGGUGCUCUUGCUCAUCAUAUACCUGCAGAUCUCCUUCGGCAGCCCUGCCUAA